CACGGCAAAGAAAAGGAGGUGGAAAGGGAAAAAAAAAUGUCAUUAGAAGAGGCGUAACACGUCAGUCCCUACCCAGGUUUGUUUCCUGGAGUGGGUGUAAGACAUCAGUUGUAAACCUGCCCUAGCAGGAAUAGCGGUCCCUCCCUCCUCCCAACUAUUUCUAAGGCUUUUAUUUCUAAGGCUUUAUCAACACCGGUGGAACAGGACCCGCUCACCGCCGCCAAGCUCCCGCUAUCAGCCCGUCCUCGCAGCUCCUCUUCCCCGCAAAAAGAAGCCUCUGGACCCUCCUUUAAAAAAAAAAAGCAAAAAAAAAAAAAAAAAACAAAACAACAAAAAGAAAAACCCAAAAGAGAAAAAACAGAGCCGAGCAGAUCUCAAGCUGAAAUCAAGGAAUCGAGUCCAUGCGAGCUGCCAUCUGAUCCCACACACACACUUAUCAAUGAAGCAGGAGAUCAUGGCGGAUGGCCCCAGGUGUAAGAGGCGAAAACAAGCCAACCCGAGACGGAAAAACGCAGCUCUCAACUACGAGAAUGUGGUGGAGACCGGAUCAGAGACGGAGGAGGAAGACAAGCUGCCAGUGUCUGAGGAAGACCCUCUGAUCAACGGAACCGGCAGCCCGGCCAGCCUCACCAACCCUGAGGUCUCGCCACGUAUCGAGGGACACGGCCUGCUGAACAAGGACGACGAUGACGACGAGAUGAGGGACAGCGGCGUGGAGCACAUUUGGCCCGACAAUGACAUGCUGAGUGCUUCCGUGGACGGUACUGAUGAAAUAAAAGAUGAUUUUGACACCCUGGGGCCUGAUACCACUUUGCAGACAGUUGGAAACGGUACAGUCAAGAGCGUCGAUUGCACUUCAGAGUUGGAGGACUUCUUUGCCAAGCGGAAGCUGGAUGACAGCGACAGCCACGUGGUGAGCAUCGCCGAGUACCUGCAGCGGGGUGACACCGCCAUCAUCUACCCGGAAGCCCCCGAGGAGCUGUCCCGCCUGGGCACACCGGAAGCCACUGGACCGGAGGAGAACGACCUGCCACCUGGAACGCCAGAUGCCUUCGCCCAACUGUUGACCUGCCCCUACUGCGACCGGGGCUACAAGCGUUUGACAUCGCUAAAGGAGCACAUCAAGUACCGCCAUGAGAAGAACGAGGAGAACUUCGCCUGCCCCCUGUGCAACUACACGUUUGCUUACCGCACUCAGCUUGAGCGGCAUAUGGCCACACACAAGCCUGCAAGGGAUCAGCACCAACUGCUCAACCAAGCGGCCGGCAACCGCAAGUUCAAAUGCACCGAGUGCGGCAAGGCCUUCAAAUACAAGCACCAUCUGAAGGAACACCUCCGGAUUCAUAGCGGUGAAAAACCUUAUGAGUGCCCCAACUGCAAGAAGCGCUUCUCUCACUCGGGCUCCUACAGUUCCCACAUCAGCAGCAAAAAGUGUAUUGGCUUGAUUGCAGUCAAUGGCAGGAUGCGCAGCAACAUGAAGACAGGCUCCUCCCCUACCUCUGCCUCCGCCUCCCCCACUAACACUGCCAUCACCCAGCUGCGACAAAAGCUUGAGAACGGAAAGCCACUCAGCCUCGCCGAGCACAACAACCACCUGAACAUCAAGACGGAGCCGCUGGACUUCGACUACAAGCUGAUGAUGGCUUCUCAUGGAUUUGCCGCUCCUGGGCCUUUCAUGAAUGGAGGAGUGGGGGGAAACAGCCCACUUGGGAUCCACCACAGCUCGGCCCAGAGCCCCUUGCAGCAUCUUGGGAUGGCCGGACUUGAAGCACAGCUCCUGAGCUACCCGGGUCCACUGGGGAAUAACCUGAGCGAAGUACAGAAGGUUCUCCAGAUCGUGGACAACACUGUGUGCAGGCAGAAAAUGGACUGCAAGCCAGAAGAGCUCUCCAAGCUCAAAGCCCACAUGAAGGAGCUGGGAUCCCAGAUAGAGGAGCAGAAACAAGCGCUGACAACGGCUCAGGUCGGUCUUCCACUUGUCAAUCACAACGGCGCCACCAAAAGCAUCAUCGACUACACAUUAGAAAAAGUGAACGAAGCCAAAGCCUGCCUCCAGAGCUUGACUACAGACUCAAAGAGACAGAUUAGCAAUAUCAAACGAGAGAAACCCAACCACAUGCUUGAAGGAGGUGUGGAUGAGAAGGUGCAGGAAAACAACAUGUUUACACCUUACGCUUGCCAAUACUGCAAAGAAACCUUCCCCGGGCCAAUACCUUUGCAUCAGCACGAACGCUACCUGUGUAAAAUGAACGAGGAGAUCAAAGCUGUGCUGCAGCCCAGUGAGAAUUUGAUGCCCAAUAAACCAGGGAUAUUCAUGGAGAAGAACACUCACUUACCCUCCUCCGUGUUGUCUGAGAAGGUACUCACUGGGCCUCUUAACCCUUACAGGGACCACAUGUCUGUGUUGAAGGCAUACUCUGCCAUGAACAUGGAGCCCAACUCGGAGGAGCUGCUCAAGAUUUCCAUAGCGGUCGGUCUUCCUCAGGAAUUUGUCAAGGAGUGGUUUGAGCAGCGAAAGAUGUACGAGUACGGCACUAACAGGACCCCACCACUAGAGCACAGGAACAACAUGGAUAUGGUUGUCGGAACAAAUAACCACCACACUCCACCAAAAGACUCUUUGGCAGCUAGGUCGCCACUGUCUCUAAUCAAGCCUACUGACCGCAUCACAUCACCCUCCAUAGCAGAGCUCCAUAACAACGUGAACAACUGUGACAACUCGCUCAGACAUUUGAAAAACCACCAGUUCAGCGGCAGCCAAACCAAACCCACAGGUGAAAAGUUGGACCACUCCCGCAGCAACACCCCUUCCCCGCUAAAUCUGUCCUCCACUUCUUCCAAAAACUCUCACAGCAGCUCCUACACUCCAAACAGCUUGACUUCAGAAGACCUGCAGGCUGAGCCGCUGGACCUGUCUCUGCCGAGACUCAUGAAGGAACCCAAGCAUGCACUGACUGUCAAAAGCAGACCUAAAGUCAACAGUAUUACCAUUGACCAUAACAGCAUCCCUUCUCCCCGAGAGCACUUCGAAGAGCCUUUGAACUUGGCCUAUCUCAAAAAGGAUUUCUCAGGCUCUACCAACAAUGGAAACUUAGAAAAAAGCACUAGCCCCAUCUUCGGCAUUAACCCGUUUGCGGCCAAACCCUUGUACACGUCGCUUCCACCUCAGAGCGCUUUCCCACCCGCCACAUUCAUGCCCCCGAUGCAGGCCAGCAUACCAGGUCUUAGGCCCUAUCCGGGCAUGGAUCAAAUGGGCUUCCUACCACACAUGGCCUACACUUAUGCAGCAGGGGCAGCUACCCUUGCCGAGAUGCAGCAGAGGAGAAAGUACCAGCGGAAACCAGGUUUCCAGGGGGACCUGCUCGACGGUACACCAGAUUACAUGUCAGGGCUGGACGACAUGACAGACCCCGACUCCUGUCUGUCGCGGAAGAAGAUUAAGAAGACCGAAAGUGGUAUGUACGCGUGUGACUUGUGCGACAAAACAUUCCAGAAGAGCAGUUCCCUUCUAAGACACAAAUAUGAACACACAGGCAAGAGGCCGCACCAGUGCCAGAUCUGCAAGAAAGCCUUCAAACACAAACACCAUCUCAUCGAGCACUCCAGACUGCACUCGGGGGAGAAACCUUACCAAUGCGACAAGUGCGGGAAGAGGUUCUCGCACUCGGGCUCAUACUCGCAGCACAUGAACCACCGCUACUCCUACUGCAAGCGUGAGGCCGAGGAGCGGGAGGCCGCAGAGAGGGAGGCCCGCGAGAAGGGCCACCUGGAGCCCACCGAGCUGCUCAUGAGCAGGGCGUACUUGCAGGGCAUGACUCCUCAGGGUUACCCAGAGCUGGCGGAGCGAGAGGCUAUUCUGAGGCAUGACGUGGUGAACGGAGGGAUCAGAGAUGCAGGGCGAAAGGAAGUGGAUGGAACGUAUGCAAAGAUUGGACGGAGGGACGACGAGUUUGAGGAGGAGGAGGAGGAGAGCAAGAGCAUGGACACGGACCCGGACACGUUGAGGGACGAGGAGGAGAACGGAGAGCACUCGAUGGACGAUAGCUCGCUGGACGGCAAAACGGAAACCAAAUCGGAUCACGAGGACGCGAUGGAGGAUGGCGUGUAAUCGGCGGCGACACUUCAGAAGCUUCCCAUCUUUAGAAGUUUAAAAAAAGAAAAACUAAUGAAAAAAAAAACAAAAGAAAAGAAAAGAAAAAAAGUUUUUAAGUUUCUCUCUUUUCGGUUCAAGUAUUCUUACCUGCUCGGUUUAAAACGCCGUGUUUUAAGCUGUACGUGCACGUGCCUGAAGCUUCCGGGAAGCUUGACGGACUCCUCAACGUGGACUCAAAUAUCAAUCCGGAAGAGGAGGAGGAGGAGGAAGAAGGAGGCAUUGAAGGGGGAAGGGGGAGGCUUGGGUUUGUGAAAUAAGCUGCAUUAUGCAAACCGAACAAUGAAUAAAUGAAUACAUUUCAAAAAAUGUACAGUACUAAGGCCUAAAAAUAUGUGUGGUGCUAACCUCCUCAAAUAAAAACCCCUGUGUUCCAUAGUAUUUAUAGCACAACUAGUGACUUGUACAAAUUGCACUCCGCUUCUAUAAUCAUGAACAAAAAUAAUAAAAAGUAUUGCCUAUGUAUAUAUUUAUACAGUGUUGGAAAAAGAGCAGUAGUAUCUGCACUACUACAGUCCUUCAGUAUUACCUUUGUUAUCACCAACCUACCUACGGUGUCGUCUUUAGUUUUCAUCUCCAGCCACACUGUUUUAGGCCUCUUGAAUCAAAUGAAGGAAUUAAAAUUCAAAGACUGUGUGAAGGAGCUUUCCCCCCCCCGUUUAUUUUUUUGUUUGUUUCUUUAUUUUAAGGGAAAAUACAGUUUUACGGACAGAUGUUGUUUUUUGGGGAGGGUCAAAAAAAAAAAUGAAGGACGAAGCCUUUGUAAGGUGUUUUUGAUAAGAAAAAAGAAGCCUUAUAUGCAAACCUUUUAACCUGUGUGUUUUCUGCAAGUGCCACCCUCGUAUUGUGUAAAAGGAAGGUUACUUUUUUUCACCAGCUUCAGUAUUGAUGAAAUGGUUCACCGUUGUUCUUUGAAGCACCCGUGUCAGUAUUAUAGGCAGCAGUUCCUUAGUUUACAUUAUGUUGUGCAAUGUUUUCUCACCUCUUUUCUUUGUCAGUAUUACACCAAACCAUUUUUUCUUCUUUUUUUUUUUGAAAACAACAAAUUGCAUUUCAUUUAUUUGUAGGUUGAAAAGAAAACAUUAUUUAUGUGGCCCAUUUUAUAUUUCCUAAUUUUAUUUAUUUCAUACUGUUGUGUACAGUACUAUAGUUCUUCAAUAUAUAGAUAUAUUUUAGUAAAAAGGAACAUGGUGUCGAUCAUAGGGGCAAAUUUUACGUAAAGAGAGCAUUUAUUGUGUUUUGAAACAUUGUGAAAUGCGAAGUUUAAUCUUAUUUUAUUUUUAUUUUUUUUUCCUUUAUUUUCCAGCUACUGGAAAAUUCCAAAUUUGGGAACUUUUAUACAAUUGUGAAAACACUGUAUUUUCGACUGAAAAAUUCCACUUUCUUCAUCUUUGUUUCUUUUUUUAAGCUAAAAAAAAUGAAGAGGGACUGUUAAAUACUAUGUAUGAUAUCAUGACUGAAGAAGAAUCUUUCCUGAAAUGUCUUUGUAAAAGUAUUAUUGAAUUCUUAAUUUGUAAUUUCUCUUGAAAAUGACCCUGCUCGAAUAAAAGUAGCCAAAUUACAGAGUA